AUGUUAGCCUUUUCAGACUAUGUCGAAUUUCGACCCAUCAAUGGUCUGUACGGCGAACUUCAUAACAGUGGUGUGCAAUUUCCUCACAUCAAACAAGAUGACGUAGACUUUCUUAAGCUUACGCUUCAACCGUCUCGAACUAGCAUGGCUUCAGGAUUUGUCCAAGUACCCGCUGCUUCAAAUGCAAGCACCACACAGCUGAUGAAGGCCAUUCGUCAUGAUCUGGAUCAGGCAGCUUUAGAUCUUCCCGCCUUUGAAGCUCAAGUUCAGGGUUUGGCCUGUACUCCACCAGAUGAUGUUACGCUGAGGCAAUUGCGUGCCACUGCUGAACGCCUUGGGGGCCUCCAAGGAAGACUGAAAGCCUACGUCGGACCUCUCAGCGAAAGUAUGAAUCCACCCUUAGGAAGCACUAAGGAAAAAGAGGCAACGCUAGAUGAAUUGACGCAAGUGAACGAGAAAAUUCAUGGAAAUAUCCUGGAGUUCCAGUCAUUCGAGAGAAUGUGCCGUCGUGAAGAGGAGGUAUAUAUUCUGUACAUCGUUGCCUGA